UCCACCGCACAUGCUUUAUGCUUCCUGGCCGAUUACGUCACCCGCCUGUGACGUCUCGCCCAUCCAUUGGACAGAUUACACAUGUGAUUCAGAGCACGGUCACGCUGGAGGCGUUCCCAUAGCGUUCUCUGAAGCAGCAUCUCAUUCCCUCGAGGAACCAUGGUUACAUACAUAACCUGAGACAUUUCUUCUCGAUAGGUGAGUGUGGCGAGUGGGGCGGGGCCGAGAGCCGUGGGAACGGAGCGAGGCCAGUGGAGUUAAUGAUAAUGAGCAACACCUGCGCCACUCACCGGUCUCGAGUCACACGGAGGAGCUCCGGAAGGAUAAAAGGAGGAGUGACGACAGUGUACGACGAGAGAGGACCAGGCCUGGUCGAGGAGGGGUGGCUGCCGUUCAAGAGGGAGCGGAGGAGUCGGCGCCGUUCGCCAGGAGGCCGGAGCCUGCUGCCAUCCGCCAUGUUUGGGGAGGAGCAGGGAACAGGGGACUCGCUGCUGGCUGCCCUCGAACUGAAGGAGCCAUCGCCGUCCACCAGGAGGCGGAGGAGCAGAACCGUCCACCAAAGAGGUCCAGUACCAUCGCAUGACACCGCGAGGGAGAGCCUGUCAACUGGUUGAGGACCGAACGGCAGUGUGUCCGGGAACCGGACCGAGAAUUUUUUUUUUUUUCUCUCCUCUCUCCUCUCUCCCCUCUCUCGUCUCUAUCUCUCCUCAUCCUUCCGUCUCCUUUUCUCUCGCCUCGUCUGUCCUUACCCCCAGGUACGCCGCGGCCGCCGUGAUCUCCCCAGAGAGGGGGGAGGGGGAGGGGAGUAGAGCGCAGUCUCGGGUGCACCCCCCGGCCUGCGAGGGGCGAUGGGAGUAUGUGGUGAGUGGGGCGGGGCCGAGAGCCGUGGGAACGGAGCGAGGCCGGUGGAGUUAAUGAUAAUGAGCAACACCUGCGCCACUCACCGGUCUCGAGUCCCACGGAGGAGCUCCGGAAGGAUAAAAGGAGGAGUGACGACAGUGUACGACGAGAGAGGACCAGGCCUGGACUUUGAUUUGUGUUUUUGUGUGCGGCAGUCGUCCGUCAGGGGCUGCCGCUUUAUUUUAUGUUUGGUUAUUUUAUUAAAACCUUGUUUGAAUGUUCGCCGGUUCCCGCCUCCUUCCUCCCGAUCUACAAACUGUGUUACAGUGAGUAACAUUGGUUUUGCUUUGUUUCACAGAACUAAUCAUUUCCGUACAUAUGUGUGGGGCGGAGAUAUCAAAAUAGGAGGGAGACCCUUUUGGGGUAGGGGCGUGUUUGUUUUGGUGAUUUCAAAUAUCAACAUUGGCUACCAGAAAUCACUUACCCCACCUUUAAGAAAACUUUCCUGGCUAACCAAAAACAAACCAUAAAAAAUAACGUUCUGGGAACCAAAAAUGAAUGUUCCCAGAACGUUUUGGGAACCAAGAAUUGUUAAUAGGGUAAUUAGGCCUAGCACUUUUGUGCAGUGUAAUGGAAAAGUUAUAGUGUACUGAUCUCUCUGCCAGUAGUACUUUUUUUUGAAGUAAUAAUAAUUUUUUAAAAGAGUAAUGAGUAUUCAAUUAUAUUUUUGACUAAUGAGCCGGUUGUUAUAUAAGGGUAUGCAUAUUUGAAUUGACCCCUCAGUGGAUCUCAGCCAUUUCCACCACUUGCUGUAAAGCCCAAUGCGUGGACAAACUAGUAAGUUGUACUGUGGUUGCUAGUGUCACAUUAUAGACUUAACAUUAACUAUAUCCUUGAGUUACUGUAAUAUAAUGUUCAUUAAUGAGAAAACAAAUUCUGUGGCCUGUUUGCAGACAAGUGAAAAAAAAAAAAAUCUAUCAAAACUAAAGCAUUGGCCAGAACAUUUACUUCAGCAUAGUAUUACAUCAUUAUGUUGUCUGAAAUCUCUCGAGAUGAAUCAGAAGAUAUAUUUGGAUUCCAUAUAUAAAUGUCCAAUGAUCUUUGUAACAUAAGAGAAUAAGGAUGAGCAUUUACAGCUGAGUAAUAUUCAAAGCAGCUCACAAGUGUUCAGACUUUCACAGUCAUUGUGUGCUCUGGCUCUAAAACUUCAUGUAUACAGGUUUGUGAGUGAAAUAUUAUGCAGAAACUUAUGUAUGUAUACUUUCAGCAUUUGAAAAUAGUUGUUAGAAAAGUAAGAUGACAAUUUUGUGAAUUCCCUAAAUUUUGUUUAGGUCUUCAUGGUAAUUUCUAUUUUCAGCUUUUUUAAAACAUCAAGCACAAAGCUGCCAUGAGUUCUUUAAAUGCAAAUGUACAGAAUGUGUCCAUUGUUCGUCCUGAAUACUUUUUCAUCACUGGACUUUCAGGUAUACCAUACAGCAGUUAUUACUAUAUUUUUUUAUGUGUCACAUAUUUUAUUGCUGUAAUUGGGAACUCUGCAGUCCUCCUCCUUAUUGCUCUGGAACGAAGUCUGCACAGUCCAAAAUACAUUGGUUUGUUUAACUUGGCCUUGGCUGACCUUGGUGAAACUAAUGCAUGGAUUCCUAACACAAUGAACAUUUUUUUUUCUGACUCACAGUACAUGUCCUACAAUGCUUGCUUGGCUAACAUGUUUUUUGUGAACCUCUUUGUUACUCUGCAAAGUGCCACUCUUGUUGUUCUGGCAUUUGAUCGCUACAUUGCAAUUUGUUUGCCAUUAAGAUAUCAUGCCAUAGUGAAUAAUACUGUCAUGUCUUUAGUGUUUGUAGUAAUAUGGGCAUUUAACACUUCUCUGGUGGCCCUGGCAGCGUCUUUGAUAACACAACUUUCAUUCUGUAAAUCUAAUGUGGUACAGAGUUAUUAUUGUGAUUAUGGAGCAGUGUUGGGGAUGGCAUGCAAUGACAACAGCAUUAAUAUUUUUAUAAAAAACCUCAUCGUAGCUUUGUUCCUUGUUGCACCAUUGCUCCUUAUAGUCCUGUCAUAUCUGGGCAUUGUUUUUGCCUUAAGUAAAAUUACAACUUGGGAAGCUCGUUUAAAAGCAAUGAAGACCUGUAUUUCUCACCUUUUGUUGGUCGUAUCUUUCUUUCUUCCUGUCUUAUGCAUUAUCAUUGCUUCAUUAAUUGCUCCUCUAACUCUCAAUGCCAGAAUCAUCAGUGCAUCUCUUUCAUUGUCUCUUCCACCAAUGUUAAAUCCCAUUAUUUAUGUUUUGAACACAGCUGAAAUCAGAGUCUUAAUUCAAAAACUGCUUAAAAACAGAAUUGUGCCAAUUAGAAAGAACAUUUCAGAACGAUGA